AUGGCAGAGAUUCCGAACAACAACAAUAAUGUUGAAGGAGGUGGUGCGCUUGUUGUUCAACCUCGAAAACCCCUGUGUUUGCUUGAUUCCGAAAGGAUGAUGGUAGAUGCAACAAGUGGAGAAGGACUGAUGAACAAAACAGCAUAUGAGGCUUUUACUCUCUUUGAAUCCUUGAGUGCUAACUCUCAACAAUGGAGCCACAAUAAAGGAAUAGGAGCUCCUAUGAAAGUUGUGGUCUCUGAGGAUCUAUGCAUUAACAAGAGGAGAUUCAAAGAGCAUGAACAAGUUGCAUUGAAUGAAGAGGUAAGUGCAGUGUUACAAAGAAAGCUACCUCCAAAGCUAAAAGAUCCAGGUUCAUUUUCUAUACCUUGCAUAGUUGGUGAUUUUAAGUUUCAAAAAGCUUUGCUUGAUCUUAGUGCUUCUAUAAGCCUUAUGUCAUAUCAUGUUUAUGAGAAACUUAACCUUGGUGAGUUGCAAGCCACAUCUGUGAGCAUUCAAUUGGCAGAUAGAACUAUUAGGUACCCUAAGGGCAUUCUAGAAGAUGUUUUGGUGAAAGUGGAAGAGCUAAUUUUGCCAGCAGAUUUCUUGGUGUUGGAAAUGGAAGAAGCACCAAUUCAUGACAAUCAGUUACCACUCAUUCUAGGUCGGCCAUUCAUGGCAACUGCCGGUGCUAUUAUUGAUGUGAAGAAGGAUACAUUGACCAUGAACGUGUUUGAUGAAACAAUAGCAUUCAAAGUGUUUGAAGCCUCCAAGUUUCCAAGUGAUGAGCAUGAAGUUUUCCAGCUUGAUGCAAUUGACACUAUGGUAAAAGAAGCAGUGCCAAUGAGUUAUUUGGAGCCUAUUGAAGCAUACAUCACACAAAGCAUAAGGAAAGAAUAA